ACAUUUAAGCAAUGGAGGAGUACGCCAGAGAACCUUGCCCAUUCCGGAUAGUUGAUGAUUGCGGCGGCGCAUUUGCCAUGGGUUGUAUCGGUGGCGGUGUAUUUCAAGCUAUCAAAGGUUUCCGUAAUGCUCCAUCCGGUAUGAGCCGCAGAAUGCUGGGCAGUCUGUCGGCAAUUAAGACCCGCUCGCCUGUCAUUGCUGGUAACUUUGCCGUAUGGGGUGGUAUGUUCAGUACAAUCGAUUGCACAUUGGUACAUUUCCGAAAGAAGGAAGAUCCAUGGAAUUCGAUUAUAAGUGGUGCAGCCACAGGCGGUAUUUUGGCGGCAAGAAAUGGUGUCCCUGCCAUGGCUGGCAGUGCUAUUAUUGGUGGUGUUCUAUUGGCCCUCAUUGAAGGUGUCGGCAUUCUAUUCACAAGACUUUCAUCCGAACAAUUCCGAAAUCCCUUACCGCCAACCGAAGAUCCAAGUGCGUUAGGUGCAGCUGGUUUUGGCCAACCACAGGGCAGUCAGGGACAGUAUCAAUAAGCAUAGCUAUCGAGAAUAUACCUAAUUAAAUUAUCCGUACUUGUAAUUAGAAACAAACUAAUCUGUUUACCAAAAUUAACAUAACAUAAUUAGCAUAAGGAUGUUAAGAAUGUAUUUAAA